AAUGACUUCUUACAUGUAAUCAUCCUUUAGUAUUCAAACUAAAGCUAACUUUGACUUUUUAUAACAACCUAGUGAUUCUGAUUCAGAUGAUGAAUCAAAACAAAUGCUAAAAGGAACAUAAUAAUAAAAUUAACAGAGAGAUAUAAAAAAAUAAAAGAAACUUAUUGAUAUAGAAUCACUUAAAAGUGAAUUAGGAAUUAGACCAAUAAUAGAGAAUGUUAAUCCUGAAAAUUAUUAUCGUAGAUAUUCUAGAAAAAGUAUUGGGACAUUGACUAAUAUGAUAAUACCAACAUCAUCUAUUUUGAUUGAAUAAUUAAGUUAAAUAAAAAAGAUUAAGGAAAUAAGAAAAGAAGUGCCUCCUGAAUUAUUAGGACGUAUUUAUUCUGAAUUUAGGUAUAAGAUAGAAUUCAGUUAGAUUUUAAUCUGUUCCUUAAUUGAAUCCAGUUUAUAGAUAAGGAGAUCAAAAUAAACGAUAUUAUAUAAUAUUAGAAGGGAAAGUAGUAGUGAUGAAACCAAAAGAGAAGAUGGUUGGAUCUAAUAAAUUGGAUUACAAAGAGAAUUAAGCAUAAAAACCUGCUAAAAAGACUGAGUAAGAUCCAUAUGGAUUAAAUAAUGUAUUUCCAGAUUACAUUAUAUUGAAAGUACUAUUUUAAGGAGAGUAUGUAAAUAAAGAGCUAUAAAAGUUCGUUUGGUGAGGCAGCUAUUAAGUUAGACACAGCAAGAUCAUCGACUGUUUAUGCAUUAGAAUAGACUCAUUUAAUAUAUUUGAAUGAAAUGGCAUAUUUAGAAUUAAUUAAUCCUUAUAUGAGUGCUGCAUUAGAUAAUAAAAUAAAUUAUUUUUCAAAAAGUCCAUUAUUUUAAAAUAUUGAACCUUAAGAAUUUAUGGGUAUAAUUUUAGAAUGUAAAAUGAUUACAUAUCAUGCUGGUGAAAUUAUAUUUAAAGAAGAUGAUAAAGCUACUCAUUUAUAUUUUAUUAUUGAUGGUGAGAUUGAAUUAUCUAAGAAAGUAGGAGAAAAACGAAUAAUUUUAUCAUCAUAUGGAUAAUAUUAAGGAUUUGGAGAAGUUGAAAUAAUGUUAAAAAUAUCUAGAUUUACAUAAGCUAAAGUUAUAACACCAAAAUUACAUGUUUAUAGAAUAAGAAAGAGAUAAUAUUUUGAUAAUUUAGGUAAUUAUUAAAUUUUUGAAACAAUGAAAAAGAAUUCAAAUCUUAUAUUUAAACAUUGGUAAAAUAGAUGUGAAGUUGCUUAAUAAACUAUUCAUUAAUAAGAUGAAGUAUAUUUAUUUUAUUUAUAAUCAGAUUUUUAAGGCUGCUCAAGAUGUUUAAUAAAAUAAACCAAAUUUUUAAGCUAAACACAUUCUUAAUAAGAAAUUAGUUGAAUCUUAAGGAUAAAAACUAUAAUAAGUGAAAUUAUUAUAGAAUAUAACAGAUGAAGAUUUAAAGAGUAUCAAAAUAGUUAAUACUCAGAAUCAAAGUGUAUUAUAAAAAGUAUACAGCAAUACUUUGUAAUAAUAUUAAGCUAGAUUAUUAUCAAAACCUUAAGUUGUAUAAUAAUCUCAUGAUGAAAAUUGUAUAAGAAAUCCAUUUACAAUAAAAACAUAAGCAGAUUAUUUAAGUGAAAAUAGUACAGAGUUAAAUUCAAUAACAACUAGAUCUUCUUAACCUGUAAUUAGAACUGAGAAUGUUCAUUAAUCUUAUGGAUAAUUACCUUCAAUUCAUCUUCCAUAAAAUCUUCCAUUAUAAAUUGUUUUUGAUACUCUUAGCACACUUCCUAGAGUAAAUAAGGAUAAUCUUGUUUUAUCUUUAAUGUAUUAAUAAGCUUUCAAAUCAGAGAAUCCAGAAAAAAAAGCAAAAUAAAUUUAAAAAGUAAUUUAAGCAUCUUAUAGAAAUGUUUAAAAAUAAUUUGAAUCAAAAAUGAUACCUACAAAUGAAAUUAACAAUAUUAGUAAUAAUUAGUCUAUUGAUAAACGUAGAUUAAAAUUUAAAUCUAGUGGAUCUAAUGAUCUAAAUUCAACUAGAAGCAAUUAUGUGAGUUUUGUUCAAUAAAAAUAAUUAUGUUCAUAAAUUAAUUGA